AAUUACACCAUCUUUUCUCACAAAACCUUACAAACACAAUCCCACAAUAACCACAAAAACACACACUAAAAGAAAUCACAAACAAAAAAAUUCUAGUUUGCAGCUCCAUAUUUUCGAAAACACUUUAUAAUAAUCUCAUAAAUGGGUCAUGGCACGAACAGAGUAGAAGACAUGUCGUCGCCCAACAAUGGAACCGCCGCAACCGCAACCGCAACCGCAGGAGGAGAAACGAUCGUGGAGAUACACAGCGUUUGUCUGCCGCCUAAGAAAACAGCGUUUCAGAAACUGAAGAAACGCGUUGCGGACGUGUUCUUCCCUGAUGAUCCGUUACAGAGGUUUAGGAACCAAACAUGGAGAAACAGAGUGAUCCUUGGUCUUCAAAGCUUGUUCCCUAUAUUCACAUGGGGUUCUCACUACGAUCUCAAGCUUUUUAGGUCCGACGUUGUCUCUGGUCUCACCAUUGCUAGUCUCGCCAUCCCUCAGGGAAUCAGUUAUGCCAAGCUAGCAAACUUACCACCCAUAGUUGGUCUUUACUCAAGCUUUGUGCCACCGCUUAUAUACGCAGUUCUUGGGAGUUCAAAACAUCUUGCAGUUGGUCCUGUCUCGAUAGCAUCACUUGUGAUGGGAUCAAUGUUAAGUGAAAGUGUUUCUCCAACACAAGACCCCAUUCUUUAUCUACAAUUGGCUUUCACUUCAACUUUCUUUGCUGGUCUCUUCCAAGCCUCCCUUGGUCUUCUUAGGCUGGGAUUUCUGAUUGACUUUUUGUCAAAGGCAACUUUGGUUGGUUUCACUGCUGGUGCUGCAGUGAUUGUGUCACUUCAACAGCUUAAGGGUCUUCUUGGAAUUGUUCACUUCACUGGCAAAAUGCAAUUCAUUCCUGUCAUGUCAUCUGUUUUCAACCACAGAUCUGAAGUAAGUCAACAUCAUUUAAUUGAAGUAAACUAUAAUAAAAGUAAACAACCAAGAUUCUUCUCUUAUAAUAAUGUUACAAUUUUGCAGUGGUCAUGGGAAACUAUUGUGAUGGGGAUGUGUUUCUUGAGCAUUCUCUUAACCACAAGACACAUUAGCAUGAGGAAGCCAAAACUUUUCUGGAUAUCAGCUGCAGCACCUUUGGCAUCAGUUAUUAUAUCAACUCUGGUUGUAUUCCUCAUUCGAUCCAAAACUCACGCCAUCUCUUAUAUUGGACAUCUACCAAAGGGUUUGAAUCCACCUUCAUCAAACAUGUUGUACUUCAGUGGUGCUCAUCUUGCUCUUGCCAUCAAAACCGGCAUCAUUACUGGGAUUCUAUCUCUUACAGAAGGGAUUGCUGUAGGGAGAACUUUUGCAUCUCUAAAGAACUAUCAAGUUAAUGGGAACAAAGAAAUGAUGGCUAUAGGUUUUAUGAACAUGGCUGGUUCCUGCACCUCUUGCUAUGUUACAACAGGGUCUUUCUCUCGAUCUGCGGUGAACUACAAUGCUGGAGCAAAAACAGCGGUGUCUAACAUUGUGAUGGCCUCAGCAGUUCUUGUGACGCUUUUGUUUCUGAUGCCACUCUUCUACUACACUCCUAAUGUGAUCCUAGCUGUUAUCAUCUUAACCGCGGUGAUAGGUCUCAUUGAUUAUCAAGCCGCUUACAAGCUCUGGAAAGUCGACAAAUUCGAUUUCUUCACUUGCAUGUGUUCCUUCUUUGGCGUUCUCUUGGUUUCUGUACCUCUUGGCCUAGCAAUAGCAGUGGGAGUUUCAGUUAUCAAGAUCUUGUUGCACGUAACCAGACCAAACACUUCAGAGUUUGGGAACAUUCCAGGGACUCAGAUAUAUCAGAGUCUUGGAAGAUACAGAGAAGCCUCAAGAAUCCCUGGAUUCCUAAUUCUUGCCGUUGAAUCUCCUAUUUACUUCGCCAAUAGCACUUACUUGCAAGAAAGGAUCUUGAGAUGGACCAGGGAAGAGGAAACUCGGAUAAAGGAGUUCAAUGCUACUACCUUGAAAUGCAUAAUUCUCGAUAUGACAGCUGUGUCGGCGAUAGACACAAGUGGACUUGAAGCUGUGUUUGAACUUAGGAGGAGGCUUGAGAAGCAAUCACUUCAGCUUGUGCUGGUGAAUCCUGUGGGAACCGUGAUGGAAAAGCUACACAAGUCCAAGAUCAUUGAGUCAUUGGGUCUGAGUGGACUUUAUCUAACAGUUGGUGAAGCUGUAGCUGAUCUCUCAUCAACAUGGAAAGCUAAUGGACAACCAUGAGACAAAGCAGUCUCCUAGGAAUUUGAAAACUUCGAACUUUUACUGGAGAAUUUGACAACUUGUCCUGGAAGACUGUUUCUGAAGACGGAGCAGCCUCUUGUGAAACAUUUUUGGUGCUAGCUGUAAACUCGUUGAGGGAGUUUCUGUUUUAAUUGUAGAAUAAAUGUAAUAUCAUCGUUUAACAUAUCGGUAUCAGCUCAUAAUUUGGAUAUAAAUAGCCUAUGCAAAGCAUUGAUCUUGUCAA